GUUAGUCAGUAUUAAGCAGACCAGCGAGAGCUGGAAACCAGGCAGGGUCGAGGCUCAUGAGGACCAGGGUUGGUGAGCCCUGCUAGCCUAAAUCAUUGCAAAACAAGGUUUAAAGAAAGCACAGCUCAUUACGCUUCUUCUUGUUGAAGUGUUUUUGACAGAAGCUACCAUGACCAGGCUCACACUAAUAGCAGGUCUCUGUCUGUCUUUUGUCAGUUUGGUGUCAUCCUUCAGACUGGUAUGUUAUUUCACAAACUGGUCUCAAUACAGACCAGGCAACGGGAAAUUUCUACCUUCAAAUAUUGAUCCAAACUUAUGCACCCACCUGAUCUAUGCUUUUGCUGGUAUUAAUGAUCAAAAUGAGUUGGUCACUAUAGAAUGGAAUGAUGAUGGGCUCUAUGCAUCUUUCAAUGGACUUAAACAGAGAAAUCCCAAUCUUAAAACACUGCUGGCAGUUGGAGGCUGGAAUUUUGGAACACAAAAAUUCACUACAAUGGUGUCAACACAAACAAGCAGAAACACAUUCAUCCAGUCGUCUAUCAAAUUAUUAAGAAAACAUGGAUUUGACGGACUAGAUUUAGACUGGGAGUAUCCAGCAGCAAGAGGGAGUCCUUUGGAGGACAAGCAGAGAUUCACAAUGUUAUGCAAGGAGCUCUUUGAAGCCUAUGAGGCUGAGAGAGCUUCAACUGGACAGGCCAGGUUGUUGAUCUCUGCUGCUGUUUCUGCUGGAAAAAGAACUAUUGAUGCAGGUUAUGAAAUCCCAGAGAUGGCAAAGUACUUAGAUUUUGUGAAUGUGAUGACCUAUGAUUUGCACGGCUCGUGGGAAAAUGUCACAGGACAUAACAGCCCUUUAUUUAAAAGCUCCCAGGACACCGGCGACAAUGUCUACCUAAACACUGACUUUGCCAUGAGGUACUGGAGAGACAAAGGGACUCCUGCAGAAAAACUGAACAUGGGCUUUGGUACAUACGGACGAAGUUUUCAACUUUCUACUCAAUCUAGUCAGCUUGGAGCCCCAGUCAUUGGUCCUGCUGCUGCUGGCAUUUAUACAGGGGAGGCUGGUUUCUGGUCCUAUUAUGAGAUUUGUACAUUUCUUAAAGGAGCCAGCGUUCAUUUAAUCGAGGUUCAGAGAGUUCCAUAUGCCAUCAAACAAAACGAGUGGGUUGGAUAUGACGACAAAGACAGUUUUCAUACUAAGGUUCGAUACCUGAAAGAUAAUGGGUUUGGUGGAGCCUUCGUCUGGUCUUUGGAUCUUGACGACUUUGCUGGACAGUUUUGUGGACAAGGAAACUAUCCCCUCAUCAAGCAUCUUCAAUCACUUUUGGCUUCAGAUCUUCCUCCUCUGCCUACUGCAGAAACCAUUCAGGUUCACACCCAAAACAAACCCCAUCCCAGACCAACAGCUCCUGACACCAACUUCUGUGCCACAAAGAUUGGAGGCGUUUACGCCAAACCAGAUGCUCCAGGUUCUUUUUACAACUGCGCCGAUGGCAUAACCAGGAUCCAAACAUGCCCCCAUGGUUUAGUUUUCCAGGACAGCUGCAAGUGUUGCACAUGGCCAUGAAGAGUCUGAAAAGUUUACUGCAAACACUGCUGUAAAACCUGAUUGAUCUUUACCCAAAAAACGUAUUUCUUUUCACUUUUUUCCCCUUUUAACACAAAUGUAUUAUAGUGUUAAGUUGCAGAAGCUUGAUAUUUGCAAUUAGUGGGGUAUAUUCUGGAAUGAUCAAUGAUAAAUUCAGCAAAAUUCCCAUUCUUUUCUUCUAAAGUGUUUGUUUCCAAGCAAACACGUACAUCUCCUUUUCCUUUUUUAAAUUUUUAUGCUUUUUUUUGUCAUAAUACAUUUGUAAAAUCCUUAUAAUACUGUAACAAAUAGUCAUAUUUUAGAUGCAUUUGUAUUUAUUUACUAGAUUUGUUGCAGAAUAAAUGUGAUGCUAUUUAGAUUUCACAACCUUUUACACCAAUAAAAUGGAAUGAGUUUUCAAAAUAAUCCAACAAUUACA